GAAAGAAAGAGAGCAUUUUUAUUUUUAGCAAGUUCGUCCGCGGUUCUCUCUCUCUCUCUUUCUCUCUCUCUCUCUCUCUCUUGCUCUUUUGCUCUCUCACUCUCUCUCACUCGAGCAUUGGUCGCAAAAACCGGUUCCUCUCUCGGGGCACCACUGCUCACCGAGGAAAGCACGAGGAACCAAGAGAGAGAGAGAGAGAGAGAGAGAGAGAUUGAGAGAGAGAAAGAAAGAGAGAGAGAGAGAGAGAGAAAGAGAGUCCAGUAUAGUCGAAGAAUCUAAAGAGAAAGAGAAAGAGAAAAAGAGAAAGAGAAAGAGAUAGAAAGAACUUGGAAUUUGCUCGUGUCCCAAUACACAUAGUCGCCGACGUCGUUUUCACGUUCCUCUAUGUGAAUAUAUAUAUAUAUAUAUAUAUAAUAUAUAUACAUAUAUCAUAUAUAUAUAUAGAGGGAGAAAGAGGGACAAACAUAACAUUUAUUUAUGUGACUAUUCUUCUAUCUCACUCUUUCUAACUUGUCUAUCCACUAAUCUAUUGUUACUCUCACUCACACAUACAUAUAUAUAUAUCAGCAGAGAUAGCAGACAGACUGCAGACAUACACGCAUAUAUACCUCUCUCUUCUAACCUCCUACGUUAUAUCGAUCGCAUAUGCACAAGACGGAUUAUAAUCCCUACAAGACUUAUAGUCGAACGAAUAUCUUUUAUUUUAUUAUUGCUCGAAAUAAAUAAAAGAGAAAAUAAAAGGGAGAGGGUGGGAGAAAGAGAGAAAGAGAGAGAGAGAGAGAGAGAGAGAGAGAGAGUGAGUUUGGAUAAAGGGGGAGGAAAAAUCGUUAUGUGAAGAAUGGCAACCGAUUCCAGCAACAACGAGAACAACAAUCGUCAUCAUCAUCAUCAUAAUCAUAAUCAUGGGGUUAGAGCUGUCGCAACGACGACUACAGAUCCAAGACGUAACGAAAAGCGCGCCGUUGCGGCCAGAGGUGCCGCUGGUGCACUUGCUCUCAGCGUAUUGGCUGUCGUCCUCCAAUCAGCUGCCACGGCUACCCCCGCCUGGGGAUACUUCACCAAUCCUGAUGCUGGUACAGCUGCGGAAAAGGGUUACUUUGGACCAUGGAGACAAUGCAAGUUCCUUUUAUAUGGUCGAGAAAGAUGUGGCCAAGGUGUCUCAAGGUUUCAACCAGUGUUGGCUGUGUGGGUGGCUGGAUUGGCUGCUGCAGCCGCUUCUACGUUACUCGCCAUAUUGGUUGGCCUUGCCGUUCUUCAGCUUGCCAUGGCUUCAUCUGCGAAGAAGGUUGUCAUUUCGUAUAGCACUGCUCUUAUCGGCAAGGUCGCUUUAGCAACCUUGGCAACGUCAUUGGCCAUCGUAGCUGCGAGUUUAUUUGCUUUGCAAACGGAUGACAGAGCGAACAGUUUCGUUGUUUCAAGAGGAGAAGCUUUUUAUAUGCAGUUAGCUGCCAUUGCCUUGAACUUUGGCGUGCUCGUCUCUGCCGUUUACGAGGGAAUUUACGCACGAAGGGGUGGCGACCCUACGAAGCUAAGAACCAUCCCUGAUCCUCGUGCAGCUACCAUAAAUAAUCCAGGAUAUCGAGAACACCAUCGACCGACGAAUGGUGGAAGUAUUUCAAUGACAGAUGCAAGUGGUAAACCAUAUGUGGGUGGUGCCGGUAAUGGUUCGAUGGCGUCCGUAGCUACGUCAGGAAGUGCAGCUAGUACUGCAUCUCCUUUGAGAAGCUCAUUAAAGAAACCAAAACCCCUUGGAAUCCAUAAUCCAGGAUUCUCAGCACAUAGUCCAACGUUAUCGAGGAAUGGCUCGCAAAAGAAAGUCCGUAUACAGACUCAUUCUACGGAAGUUUAGGAAUGAAAGAGAGCCAAGGUUAAUAUCUAUUUCUUUUUUCUUUUUUUUUUUUCUUUUUUCUACGACGAGAGGAAAAAA